AUGAAAACAUUGCAAUUUUUGUCUUCAAUUGGACACGAGGGGCACAACUUAGACAUUUUUUUUUGGCUCAACUUGGAUUAUUGUGGUUCAUCGAAAAUGGAGCACGUGUGCUUAAGUAUAGGUGGAAAAAUCACGACAUGUUCGGAGGAAAAACCUAAAUGUAUUCCCUCUGGUCAGCAUAUGUCGACAAAUGAUAUUUUGUUAAAUGGACGAACUGAAAUAGGAAGGAAAAGAAAUCUGCCGAAGCUGAGAAAUGAAGAAAAGGAAGGAAAAACAUUGCCGUGA